AUGUUCCCACUGCGCUCAAUCGGGGCUUUGCGCUCAACGCCGCGAGCCUUCCGGGCGCCUCGCAUACAAGCUCGACACUUUCAUCCGACACGACCAACACAAUCUGUGAUCGAAACCGUACUCAGCGGAUCGACAGCGGUCAUCCAUGGCGUCCACACAGCUUCCUUCUUACCCUGGGCUGCCUCAAUCCCCCUUACGGCUGUUUUAAUUCGCUGCUUCGUCGGUUUUCCUCUGCAGUUUUAUUCCCGAGUUCGCGCGCAGGAAGAAAAACUACUACAACCACUGCUCUCCUCUUGGUCGGCGGUUUAUAAAGAGGUUGCAGCCCGUCAAGUAAAAGGCACCGAGGAACAAAAUGUUUUCGCUAUGAAGAAGCUACAGGAACGAUCCAAGGUCCUAUAUGGGGCCUGGAACAUUUCGAAAUUAUGGCGCCCAUUGAUGUUCCUCCAGAUACCAGUCUUCCUCGCGUUCAUGGAAGGCCUGCGAGGAAUGAGCGGCAACAGCCAGGGUCUUGCCGCGUGGUUGAUAUCCUGGGGUGGCUCCUCAGAUCCUGCCGCUGCCGCUCAAACAUUGAGCUCGAGGCUAGAGCCUAGUUUCGCCACUGAGGGUGCACUGUGGUUCCCAGACUUGUUGGCCGGUGAUCCGACAGGCACACUGCCAGCUCUUCUGACCCUUUCUAUUUUGAGCAAUGUGAUGAGUGGAUGGAAAGUCAAGACCUUCAAGGAAAUCUCGGACCUCCCAAAAAUCGUCAUGUACAAGGAGAUGACCUUCCGAGGCCUGCGAAUUUUCGUCCAAGUAUUGGCGUGUCAAGUUGGUAUCAUGAGCUUCGUCAACCAACUACCGACUGCGUUGUUACUCUACUGGAUCACUAGUACUAACCUCGCGACCUUGCAAACCUGGAUUCUGGAUAAGAAGGUAUUCACCCAGGCGAAGCGUCAGCCCUUCCAGAGGCGGUAUGUCGCAUUCGAGAAGCCUGGCAAUGAUGAUCCGUACCAGCUGAAAAACUUGCGUUGA